UGUAAAAUAGAUAUAUAAAAUCAAUGUGUGUGUGUGUGUGUAUUUUUUUUCCCCUUCUUUUUUUUUUAUAUCAUUCGUUUAAACAGCAAAAAAGUGUGGAGUGAUCAUAUUCUGGAGAGAAUAUAUAUAUAUAUAUAUUUAAAUAACAACGACAACAACAAAAAAAAGAAUCCUUUAUAUUCCCAUAAACAUGAAUUACCAUCGAUCCAUACCUUCACUUUCGUCGUCAAUUGCUUCCAGUGAGCCUAGAACGUCGUCUUCAUCAUCCACAAACAAUUACUACUCAUAUCAAAACUUUAAUCCUCACGCACUCAGUUAUUCUACCUCAUUAAGAUCCAAUCGAGUUGUGACACCUGUUGAACAAAAGAGAUACUCUGAACCAUUAAAACGUUGGGACGACUCACAGUUGGAAAUAGAGUUGGCUGAAGAUGACCUCAUAGUGAAUAAAAAGAAGAACUCAUCACUCCGAUUCAUUGAUAAAUUCCGUCAUCACCGUCAACAAGAUCAUGAUAAAAAAAACUCCAUUGCAAGAUCCUUCAAGAAAGUCUAUGAUUGGUUAUUUUAAACACCCUUUAUUUUUUUAUUUUUUUUUUCUUUACGCAAACUUUCUCAUAUAAUAUAUACGCACACACACACCUAAAACCCAUUGUAGAUACCCUCUUUUAUGAAAGAAAUACCCCUCUCAAAGCCUUCUUCCCCCCCCCCUCCCCCAACUAACCAACCCCCACC